AUGGCACUGUUCUUUCGAACAUAUAAUCAUCUUCUCAAGACCCACCCAUACAAGACCAAUAUGUUCACCACUAGUGUGCUCUUUGGCGCAGGAGACUGCUUGGCUCAGGGUCUUUUCCCACAUCAUGUUGACGAUGAUUUGAAUAAACCUACAGAAUUUCAUUCUGAUCGACUCGUGAGAGCAAUGAUCUACGGAUGCUUUUUUUUCGCUCCCGUGAGUGUGAAAUGGACAACAAAAACAUUGCCUUUCAUCCACAGCCCAUUUCUCUCGGCAACUAAGCGUGCCACAAAGUCAUUUCUGUCCAUCAAUGUUCAUGACAAUUUGUACAGGUUAGUGGUGGAUUCGCUAUUCAUGCCUAGCAUUGUGUGGAUUCCGAUGUACAAUAUAGUCAUGAGUGCAUUGGCACUCCACGACGAUCCGCUAGCUGUGGCGAGAGAGAAAUUAGAAAACAACUGGUGGAACGUCUUGAAAGCUAACUGGACCGUGUGGCCUCCUUUACAGCUUGUGAAUUUGUUUUUCGUUCCUAUUCAUCUUCGCAUUGUUGUCUCAAAUGUGUGGUCUAUUGGGUGGAACUGUUACUUGAGCUUUGUUCACAACACCUUGGGUCACGGAAAGGGUUCAGGACAUCUUAUUGAGGAGCUAGUUGACAUUGAGACUGCAGACGAGGAACAGACCAUGGUCUAUGCAUAA